AGAAGAUAGUUCACUCCAAUCUACUUCCGCGUUGGUCCAAAUGCAGCUCUACAAGUACAUGUUUACCUUUCACUUGAAAAAUGCGUUACUGAAAGAUUUGCAUUAUACUUAGUUACAACAGUUAACUUUUUAAAAGCUUGUUAAAAGCCUCCCCCUGGUCUAACGUAGUUCAUAUUAAGCCGUUGCAUUGCUGGGGAACUCAAAGUACAGUUAAUUGUCCAUUUCCAGUCAAAGAUCUGAUGCCUUCAUAAAACUGAGGUGCGGCAACUACUUCUAUUUUCUUCACCACGAUCAACUAAUUAAAAAUGUCUGGCAAUCCUGCUGUGGUUAUGCGGCUGGUGGCGUCCGCCUACUCAGUCGCUGAAAAGGCCGGGGCCAUAGUAAGGAAGGUGCUUCACAGUGGAGAGCUUGGCAUUGUUGAAAAGACAGGAGCCAACGAUCUGCAGACGCUCGCGGACCGACUUGCACAGAAAAGCAUCUGUGCUUCACUGUCCAGACGUUUCCCCAAGGUCGCCAUCAUUGGAGAGGAGGAUCUUCCAUGUGAGGAGGUCCAGGAGGACAUGCUUGAGAAUGGCCAGGCAGAGGAAAUCCUUCAGAAGAGCUGUCCAAAAGAGUAUGAAGCACUAAAAGAAGAAGAGCUAGUUGUUUGGGUUGAUCCCCUUGAUGGCACCAAAGAAUACACUGAAGCCUCAAGUUGUCUCCAUCUACAAGCUGUUGACCAGAAACCACACAAAGAGUUGGACAAGACUCACAGCACAGCUAUCCGGCUACUGGACAACGUGACAGUUCUCAUUGGCAUUGCAUAUGGAGGCAGAGCAAUUGCAGGCGUCAUCAACCAGCCAUUCUACAAUUACCAGCUUGGAUCAGGAGCUGSUUUGGGGAGAACAAUAUGGGGAGUUCUCGGAUUGGGCGCCUUCGGGUUCCAGUUGCAGGAAGUUCCAGCCGAUAAGCGAAUUGUCACCACCACCCGUUCCCAUAGCAACAAGACGGUAACGGACUGCGUGAACGCCAUGGAGCCUCACGACGUUAUAAGAGUCGGAGGUGCUGGAAACAAGAUAAUCCAGCUAAUUGAAGGGAAAGCAUCUGCUUAUGUGUUUGCCAGUGCAGGCUGCAAGAAAUGGGAUACAUGUGGUCCCGAGGCAAUCCUGCAUGCCGUCGGAGGAAAGCUGACUGACAUGUUUGGGAAUCCUUACCAUUAUAACGCAGAGAUAAAGCACAUGAACUCUGCUGGGGUUCUCGCUACACUACGCAACCAUGAUUACUACGUCAGCAGAGUUCCACAGUCUGUGCUGCAAGCGCUGAAGUCAGAUUGAGUUCGGUCACGAUGUGCCUCUGGUGUAGAGAUGGUCUUGGUCUUUCUUUGUGUAUUAAAUUGCUAUGACACUGUUUA